AUGCUCAAAUCAACAAUCGUAGACACUCGGGUGCGCCUUGUGCCGUCGGUGACGCUUUUGGAGUUCCUGGAUGCCCAAAAAGAGCACUUCAGAAAGGUUCCGGAAAAUGUCGCCAAACUGAUGAAGAACGAAGGCUACACUUUACCUUUGAGCACACAGAUUGUCCAGGAGCAAGAGCUGAACAUUAAACGCCCCAAUAUUGAUCGAGCGCUGUUGCGUAGACUCUGCGCCGAUGUGCCCGAGGAACCAGAGCCAGCAGCCAAACCGACUGGCAAGAAGAAUAAGAAGGCUGCCAAAGGCCAAAAGUCAUCCGAGGAGAUAAAGGAAGAUGAUGCUGAACCCCCGACGGAAUACAAUAAUGUCUUAUACCUGACUGACAUGCACUGGCUAAAUGAUACUCUGAUACAGUUGCGCAAAGAUGGCAUUUGCAAUCUCUUUCUCUAUGAAUUGAUCGAGUCAUCGGAUCUGGUAUUGCCAGAAAAUGAAAUGAAGCCACGUAACCCGGAGCUGGAGGCCCGCUGCGAACGCCUUCGCGCUGAGCAGCACAAUCGCGAGUACCACAAGAUGACCAAGAAUGUGGAUGCAGGACUGAAGCAUUAUCCAGAGGAUACCAUAGCCUAUCAAAUUAAAAGCCUGAACAAGCAAAUCAUUGCGGUGUUGCAGUUCGUCUUCUCUGUGGCUGCUGGUUUCACCUUUGGUUUCUUUGGCGUCAAUUUGAUGGUUGGUCCCCUGCCCUUUGGCUUUCGCAUCCUGCUGGGCGUGAUUGUGGCCCUCAUCAUAGCCCUGGCCGAGAUGUACUUCCUGGCCAAGAAGCUGCACGAAUACGACGAGAUCCUGGAUGCGCCCAAGCGUAUGCAGCAGACGGCGCCAAAGGCACGCAGAGAGGCAAGUGGAGUGCAGACUCUGAAACCUCAUUCUGACUAAACAAAUACUGUAUUAGUUUUUUUUUCUUUUAUAUAUACAUAAAUAUGUGUAUUAUUUUCUGUCGUUGGAAUUUAAGAU